GAGUCACGGAGCGGAAGAAGGAUCGCAGGGGGAAGACGCGUUCUAGGUUUCCGGGUGCGGCUAUCUGUAUGCAGCAGAAGGGGAGGGUUCACGAUCGUCGAUCCCGGAGCUUCUCCAGAGCUCGCAUCGCCAUCGAGGGAUCGUAGCCAUUUCCAGUUCCGUGGUAUUUUGAGAAGCAAGAUCCAAGAAAACAAUGGCUUCCUUCGCUAAGACUGUUGUCCAUGGGGAAGAGGAGCGGGAGGUGCAGAAGAGCUACUGGAUGGAGCACUCCAGGGACUUGACCCUGGAGGCUAUGAUGCUCGACUCUCGUGCCUCUGAGCUCGACAAGGAAGAGAGGCCUGAGGUCCUUUCCUUACUUCCACCUUACAAGGGAAAAUCAGUCUUGGAGCUUGGAGCUGGUAUCGGACGUUUUACUAGUGAACUUGCAAAGGAAGCUGGUCAUGUUCUGGCUUUGGACUUCAUUGAAAGUGUGAUUAAAAAGAAUGAAAGUUUGAAUGGGCACUAUAAGAAUACAAGUUUUAUGUGUGCUGAUGUCACAUCUCCAGACUUGACCAUUGAGGCAGAUUCUGUUGAUCUGAUAUUUUCAAAUUGGUUACUAAUGUAUCUCUCUGAUAAAGAGGUGGAAAAACUGGUUGAAAGGAUGGUAAAAUGGGUGAAAGUCGGUGGGUAUAUCUUUUUUAGAGAAUCUUGUUUCCAUCAAUCUGGCGACUCCAAAAGGAAAGUCAAUCCAACACAUUACCGGGAGCCAAGAUUUUACACAAAGGUAUUUAAAGAGUGCCAUACAUAUGAUGACCAAGGAAACUCAUUUGAACUCUCUCUUAUUACAUAUAAGUGCAUUGCAGCUUAUGUGAAGAACAAGAAAAAUCAAAAUCAGAUCUGUUGGAUAUGGCGAAAAAAUAAAUCAGAUGAUGGAAGGGGUUUCCAACGUUUCUUGGACAAUGUACAAUACAAAAGCAAUGGGAUUCUACGCUAUGAGCGUGUCUUUGGAGAUGGUUUUGUGAGCACUGGAGGAAUUGAGACUACAAAGGAGUUUGUGGCAAAGCUUGAACUUAAGCCUGGACAGAAGGUACUUGAUGUUGGAUGUGGUAUCGGGGGUGGUGACUUUUAUAUGGCUGAAAACUUUGAUGUCGACGUGGUCGGGAUAGAUCUUUCAAUAAAUAUGGUGUCUUUUGCUCUUGAACGUGCAAUUGGACGCAAGUGCGCUGUAGAGUUUGAGGUUGCUGACUGCACAAAGAAAACAUAUCCAGAGAACACAUUUGAUGUUAUAUACAGCCGCGACACUAUCCUUCAUAUACAGGACAAACCAACAUUGUUUAGGAGCUUUUUUAAGUGGUUGAAACCAGGAGGCAAGCUUCUUAUCAGUGAUUACUGCAAAAAAUUAGGAACACCAUCUGACGAUUUUGCAGCAUAUAUUAAGCAAAGAGGAUAUGAUCUUCAUGAUGUUGAUGCUUAUGGCCAGAUGCUAAAGAAUGCCGGAUUUAAUAAGGUCAUUGCAGAAGAUAGGACUAAUCAGUUUUUAGAGGUUCUGCAAAGGGAAUUGGAUGCUGUUGAGAUGGGCAAGGAAGGAUUCAUACGUGAUUUCUCACAGGAAGAUUACGACGAAAUUGUGAAUGGUUGGAAGGCAAAGCUGAAGAGAAGUUCCGUUGGUGAGCAGAGGUGGGGCCUUUUCAUUGCCCAAAAGAAAUGAACUGGAAUCAUAUGCCAAAUGCUUAGGUUGUGUCUGCUUGUUUGACUCUGUUCAUGAGGAAUGCCUUAUGUUUUACCUUGUUGAACUUUAUUUCAUAUCUAUGUUUGAACUCUGGAUUCACUUUGUCCUGAGACUGGAUACUGUUACUAUUUUGAAGCAUGCUUGCUUACGAAUAUUUCUAAAUU